UGAUGUUGGAACUUCAUUUUUAUGCUUCUUUAGAUAUCUCAGCUCGCCGGCGUCGAAGAAAGCUACGUAACACGUCGCUAAGCAGAGAUAGAUACGCACAGUUGUGUGAGAAUGUGUCAAGUGGAAAUGCUGAGAGCGUUGCUGAAUGCACGACUCGGUGCGGCCGUCGAAGAAAUAGUUGGAGUUUUUCAAAGAACGAUAGCAGAGUACGAGGAGGAACUUGGUCGAACUAAAGAGGAGAAUGAGAGACAGCGUCGACAACUCGCCGCUGUUUUCAUGCCUCAAGUUGAUUUACACAUAACAGACAAAAAUGAAGAACAUCUUGCCCCAGAGCAGCAGGACGACCAGUCCAGGGUGUAUCCCGCCUUUAGCCCAAAGUCUGCUGGGACAGGCUGUGACUCACCUGCCACCCUUAUGAGGAUAAGUGGUAUAGAAAAUGGGUGGAUGGGUGAGCAGCAGAAGUGGAACUUCGGGUUGGGGCAAGAGGAGCCAGAGACACCCCACGUCAAAGAGGAAGAGAACGCUACCGUUAUCACCAACUGUUCGCUGACCAGUGUCGCUUUGAAGACAAACGAUAAUGACGACAAGGGUCUGAGGUCCCAGCUUCAUCCCAGGCAAAGUGAGGAGAACAGAUGGGCCGAGCCCCCGGGUAGCAGCUCAACGCAAUGCAUGAAAACAGAAGACGAUGGAGACCGAUGUGGAGGCUCACGAGCGGACGGCCUCUUAGCUCCGGUCUCGCUUGACACUGUUGAUGAACACUCUCAAGGUGAUGUGACCUGCCACACCGACAACACACACUGGAAAUGUUCUCAGUGUGGGGAAACUUUUGGUGCCAAGAAAAAUCUAAGAAGACACAUGAUGCUCCACACGGGAGACCAGCCUGUCCGUUUCUCUCAUUCCAAAAUAGUCUCUACAAAGGGACAUUUGAUAACGCAUGCAAAAGCAAACACUGGAAAGAAACCACAUUCCUCUUUUCGUGAUCAUUCAGCAUCGAUUAAUGGAAAGAAAACAAACAAUGGUGGUGAGAAACCAUUUAAGUGCUCAAUGUGCAGUAAAAUAUUUUCUACAAAGCAAACUAUGAAGACACACAUGAGGAUACACACUGGAGAGAAGCCUUUUGCCUGCUCAGUGUGUGAUGCUAGAUUCACUCAAAAGAUUAGUUUAACACAUCACCUCAGAACACACACCGGUGAGAGACCAUUUUCCUGCUCGGUGUGCCAAAAACGUUUUGGUCAUCCUUCGGCACGUGUGAGGCACAUGAAAACACACACUAGAGCGAAACCACUUGUCUGCCCAACUUGUGGUCAAGGAUUUGCUCGACAAGAUCAUUUAAAAAACCACAUGACAACACACUGUUGAGAUAUUGUUCUAGAUUCAUGCACACUAUAUGGCCCAUCUUAACAGGCACAAGUGUGCUGGUGUCGCUGAAUUCAUUGGCCUGAUUUUGGUGCAGGCAAUGUGGGUUCACUUCCCACUCAAUGACACUUUGAAUGAUUGUCUGUCUCUAUACGUGCUCUGCUAUUGACUGGAGACCAAUGCAGGGUGUACUCUGCCUUUUAUCCAGUCACCAUGAUUGUCAUUAGGGGUUAAGGAAAAAAAAUUGGAAGUGUGCUGGAAAGAAAGUAAACUGUAGGACUUUAAAUAAUUUGAAUGUUUUGUGAGAGCUGACUGGCUAGUACGUCUGCCUCACAGUUCUGAGAUUCUGGGUUUGAAUCUCAGCUGCGGUCUUACGACAUGUGGUUUGCAAUUGCAUACUUUAGUUUUUUUAAUGGCUUGUAUCCAAAUGCUUAAAUUGUGUCUCUGAAUAUCCUGUCCACCCGUCAAGUGUGAAAUUAUCAAUCAACAACUUUAUCUGCAAAUGACUUGGCACCUGGACUCGACGAAGAGUCAGAAGCCAUAGUAGGACGAACGACACGGUUUGAUACGGUCAUGUCAAAGCCAAAAGGUAAGCGGCCGUGAAAUGGAGCUUUGGUGGAUGCACAGAUGGACCUUAGCUAACAGCAUUAACUUUUCAAAAUCUCAGUCAAACUAAUUAAUUUGCACCACAAGCUCUUGAAAAAUAUGUUGUGUUUGUGACUACAGCUGAAUGACACAUGAAUAAAGAUAGCCAUUCACAAGCGUUGGCUUUAGGAGGAGGACGUGAUGUUGUUAUGAUGAGUGAGUGAGUUUUUGCAGUUAUUAUUCAUCCAUCCAUUCAUUUUCUGAGCCGCUUCUCCUCACUAGGGCCGCGGGCGUGCUGGAGCCUAUCCCAGCUAUCAUCGGGCAGGAGGCGGGGUACACCCUGUAUAAUGUAGUGUAGUUGUAUAUAAUUAGUUGCGCCCCCAAAUUUUGUAUGGCUCUAUU